UGCAUCUAGACAGACAACUGUAUUCCAUCCAUAUCAACUCUAAUCUGUAAUAGCUACAGGGUGUCUGUUUCUCCGGCUGGCGUUGAGGGGAUUGCUAAAGGGCAGAACAAAGCUCUUGUCACAACUGCGCUUCCUGAUUGUCGCCUCCUGCCUGCAACCCGCUGAAUGUUUCCCCGCUUGAUAUCAUCAUGCAGAAAGGGAUGAGCGAGACGCAAUGAGAGAUUCAGAUACUGAUGGACUUCUAGACAGAUGCUUCCCUACAGACUUCUAAUCUCCUUCUUGUCGAGUGGCAGAAUACAAAGAAGUCACCUUGAAAGGACAGCAGAGAGGACUCUGGGCAGCAGCUUUUAGACUGGACUUCAAAGCAACGUGAUAAUCUCUUUCUGUUUUGCCCGCUGGACGACAAUGGAGACUCUGUCCCAGGACACUCUGCUGGAAUGUCAGAUUUGUUUCAAUUACUACAGUCCUCGACGGAGGCCCAAAUUGCUGGAUUGUAAACACACCUGCUGCUCUGUCUGCCUUCAGCAGAUGAGGACCAGCCAGAAAGAUCUGAGGUGUCCGUGGUGCCGAGGUAUCACUAAACUGCCACCUGGGUUUUCUGUCUCCCAGCUGCCAGAUGACCCAGAGGUCAUUGCCGUGAUCGCAAUACCCCACACUUCAGAGCACACUCCAGUCUUCAUUAAACUUCCUAGCAAUGGGUGCUACAUGUUGCCAUUGCCUAUUUCCAAGGAGAGGUCCCUGCUGCCGGGAGACAUUGGCUGUCGCCUCUUACCAGGUAGUCAGCAGAAGUCCGUCACUGUGGUGACAAUCCCAGCCGAGCAGCAGCCCUUGCAGGCUGGGAUUCCCCCUGGUGCAGGAGACGAGGAACAAGACAGGAGGGGCAUGGUGAAAAGCUCAACCUGGUCAGGGGUUUGCACUGUUAUCCUGGUGGCGUGUGUCCUGGUCUUCCUCCUGGGCAUUGUCCUCCACAACAUGUCGUGCAUCUCUAAGCGUUUCACUGUGAUCUCCUGCGGCUGAAAGGAGGCUGCAGUGGCAACAUUCCUGUGGGCUGAUUUUCGGGGUUUGGGAGGGUGGUUAUGGUGGAGGCAGGAUCCCAUGAGAUGAAGCAUUGGGACUGUUCCAUGGACUGUUAUCCAGUACCGAGUGCUUGACGCCGAGCAAAAUCUAGAGUCUGCUGUAAAAAAAAAGUAGGACCGUGACACACGUUGGCGGCAUAUGGGGCACGUUCAGUGCUUAUCUGCUGGUAACUGUAUCAAGGAAGACUGCAUGCAUCACCAUAAUCACUUAACAAAUGAGCUGUAAUUUACAAUGAUUUCAUCAUGUUAUGAGACUAAAGAUGUCUGGUUCUGCUGUACAAGUAUAGGAUGUGAUCUCUCCAACUCCCCCCCCCCCCGCCCCCGCCCCAGCCGAGUAGUCAGUUUCAAAUCAAAAAUGCUGUAUGCUCAAGUAGAAUUAAGCAUCUGAGUCAUGAAAGUCAGAUUAUCCAGCGCUUUUUUCCAGGCAUAGGGAAAGCUCUUUCAUUUUUAAACAGCAACAGAGAAAAUUGUGAAAAAGUAGUCUUUAGUUCAAUAAGGCUUUGGAGUGGGGUGGUAUCUUUUAAAUUGCACAUUAAUUUUAAAAGGUUUUCUUAAAUCUGUGCUGUAGUUAUAGAAAGGAAAGAUUUUUUUUUUAAGCAUUGGAAAUACUCCAGAUGUAAUAUAUGUGUAUGUUUCUGUGCAGUUUUGUUUUCCUUCUAUAGUUUAAGUGCAUUUUUAUUAACUGAAAUGGGACCCAAGCAGAGAAGCAAUAAAAGAAAAGAGGAAGGCUAUCUAGACAUCCAGCCGAAACAUUUUGUCUGCGUAUAUCCUUGUGAAAAAAUGUUACUUGAAACUGUAAACCCCAAACGUACUUUUUCAAGAGGACAAAAUAAGCUUCUUAAAAGGGAUAUCUCAAGAACUUGCACUUCCAGAGCAAGAUGGCCAAACUCAAGGCGUAGACUGGCCUUCCUCAAGAGAUUUGGAAGAGUUUUAUUCACAUAUGCCUGCCUGUACUGUUGAAUGUAGGUUGAGAACUGUGUUGAUGAAGGAAGUGUUUCUUUGGGAGAGGUCUAUAGAUUCUUGUUCAUUAUUGCACCUGUGAGAUGCUAAUGGAGGCUGUAGUUAUGAUGAAGAGUAUGCAAAAUAAAAUAGUCGUGUGGCACCCC